AUGGGCUGUGUAAGCUUUCUUUCUGCUUCAGUUGAACGAAGUUUAUCACUUCUAGUAGCCAUAAAUCCAACAUCAACACCGUGGAACAAUUUCGUUUGGAAACCCUAUACGAAUUCAACUGCUCAGUAUACUGUUCUCGACCUACCUCCAAGGCAAGCGAAGGGUAGCUUACAUUGGCCCGUUACGAAUUUCUGGAAUAAAGAGGCGAUUCUUCUCGAAGAGUAUACGAUAAAAGAGAAGGGCACUCUAGCGAACACUGACGAAUUAACAAGUGAAGAGCGAUUACAGGUGAGCAACUUAAAUUAUCCUGCAAACACCUCAUUAAAGCAUUGUUCCCCCAUAAUAUCCAAACACUAUUAA